AAGAGUGCCUCGAAUUUUCAUUGGAGGUGAAUUUUUUGGAGGUUGCGAUGAAAUAUGUGCAGCAAAGAAGGAUGGUGUUUUAGAACACAAGCUUAGUGCGAUUGAAGCUAUGAAGGAAUUAAAAACAGUUGAAGUUCUUUGA